AUGAUACUUCUUUUGCAAGCUCCACAACCGGUGGAACUUGCCGAUGCUCCUCGACGGCUGCUGAGCCUUGGGCCGUCCUCCUCUUGCAGGAGAACAGCCCCAAAGGUGCCGAGAGCCUUCAAGACGCUCCUUGCCCCGUGGCAAACGAGCCCGGGAGCCCUCGCGGCUGGGCGACCGAGCAUCCCCGCCCUCCUCAUACAUAUUCAUAUAUUCAAAGCCGUCUUCCCCCGUCCCGCUCUCGCGGGGGUUCCGGGCUCAGGCGGCGGGAUGAGCGGCGGGGCCGGUCCCGCUGCCCUGCGGGUGCUGGUGGACAUGGACGGCGUCCUGGCCGAUUUCGAGGGUGCGGUGCUGCGGGGGUUCCGCUCCCGCUUCCCCGGGGAGCCGCGGGUGGAGCUGGCGGAGCGGAGGGGCUUCUCGGUGCGGGAGCAGUACCGGUGUCUGCGGGAGGACCUGGCGGCUAAGGUAGCCAGUGUUUAUGAAUCACCUGGCUUCUUUCUAGAGCUGGAUCCAAUUCCAGGAGCCCUUGAAGCUAUGCGGGAGAUGAUCCACAUGCAGGACACUGAAGUCUUUAUUUGCACAAGUCCUCUCCGGAAAUACGAGCACUGCAUCGUGGAGAAGUAUAAGUGGGUAGAAAAACACCUGGGACCCGAGUUCGUGGAGCGGAUUAUUCUGACCCGGGAUAAGACCGUGGUGUCUGCUGACUUGCUGUUUGAUGACAAGGACACCAUUAAAGGUGCUGAGCUGAACCCCAGCUGGGAGCACGUCCUGUUCACCUGCUGCCACAACAGGCACCUCCAGCUGCCGGCCCCGCGCCGGCGGCUCCUGUCCUGGGAGGACGACUGGAAAGCCAUCCUGGAGAGCAAACGCAGGCAGUGACACGGAGGUGGGAAUGCUGUGCUCUUCCCACUGCCCGGGCAACAACCCACCCACCACUGGCAGGGAGAUCCAUUCCCAGGGGGCAGCAAGCACUGUGACCCAGGCAGGGGCACUGCGGGGGGUGUCCCUUUGGAAAUGAGCCGCCCUUGUUCCACGUGCUGCAGAGCUGACUCCAGGUUUCUGGAAGGCUGCUCUGCAUUCAGUUAAUCUCUGUAGAGUUCUUUUGAAUGUUUUUGCUGUUGGUGAGGAGGAGAAACUAUAAAAUACAAGCAGUUGUGGGUUGUU